AUGAAGUUGUUGCUUGUUGCUGCUGUUCUGGCGAUGACCAACUGUGGCAGCAUCUCUAUGAAAGAUGAGGAGUUUGCUGCGUGGAAACUCAAGUUUGAAAAAUCAUACCUCUCUCCAUCAGAGGAGUCUCAAAGGAAGCAGAUCUGGCUCAGCAACUAUGAAAUUGUGCUAAAGCACAACAUCUUGGCAGACCAGGGCUUGAAGUCCUACCACCUCACGAUGUCCUUCUUUGCUGACAUGGAAAAUGAAGAGUACCAAAACCUGAUACACUGCUACCCUAGAUCCUUCAAUGCUUCACUGCCUCAAAAUGGCCGUGCCUCUGUCCAGCUGCCUCAAGGUACUAAAUUGCCAGGCACCGUUGACUGGAGGAAACAUGGAUAUGUCACUGAUGUCAAGGAUCAAAAGCAGUGUGGCUCCUGCUGGGCCUUCAGUUCAACUGGCUCACUGGAGGGUCAGAACUUCAGGAAGACAGGAAAACUGGUGUCUCUGAGUGAGCAGCAGUUAGUUGACUGCUCUAGCAGCUUUGGCAACUCGGGGUGCAAUGGAGGCCUGAUGACAAAUGCCUUCCAGUACGUCAACGCCAGUGGAGGUAUUGACACAGAGGCAUCCUACCCUUAUGAGGCUAAGGAUGGAUCAUGCCGUUACAACCCUAAUUCUAUUGGUACCAAAUGCAUCGGCUAUGUUGAUGUGGAUCAAGGCAAUGAAGAAGCCCUGAAGCAGGCUGUGGCCACCGUUGGACCAGUUUCUGUGGCCAUUGAUGCUUCUCAGGAUUCGUUCCAUUUAUAUAAAUCAGGAGUGUAUGAUGAACCAAGGUGCAGCAGCACAAAGUUGGACCAUGCUGUGCUGGUUGUGGGUUAUGGUACUGAGAAUGGACUUGACUACUGGCUGGUCAAGAACAGCUGGGGUAUUCAUUGGGGAGAGCAGGGAUACAUUAAGAUGAGCAGGAACAAGAACAAUCAGUGUGGGAUUGCUACUACAGCAAGCUACCCUCUGGUCUCAAGAGGCGGUAAGAAACUCAGCUGUAUCUUCUUCCCUGUUCCAGCUUGA